CAUGUGCAUGUAUAUACGUGUCUUGAGAACGAACUCGAGAGAGGGGGGGGGGAGAGAGAGAGAGGAUAUGGCGUGAAGUGGUGGGACUGCAGAAACCAACCACUACAAGAAAAGCCCAAAUCAGGGACAAAUCCAACAGCUGUAAUCAGAUGUCCGUUUGUGUGUACCUCUUUGCUGUUAUGGUUCUUUCUCGUUCGUAUUGUCAGCCCACCCCUCCCCAUUUCCGCCACCUGAUCUCUCUCUCUCUCUCUCUCUCUCUCUCUCUCUCUCUCUCUCUCUCUCUCUCUCUCUCUCUCUCUCUCACUACUACCUGCUGUUUUCGUAGUGUCUCUCUCUCUGCCACUACAACCUGCUGUUUUCGUAGUGUCAUUCACUUGGCUGAACUUUUUGCUCAUUUAUUAACACACUCUUUCGUAUUCACUCCUACAAUUCACACGUCAAUCAGCAGCCAAUUAAGCAGAUUCAGCCCACAUCUUCAUACAGUAUUUAUUAGUCUCUCUUUCUCUCUCCCCUACUUGUUGCCUCCAUUUGUUUUUUCUCGGUUUCUCGUUCCUUCAAAAUGGGCUCGAGUCACAAAUUUAUAUGCAUCUAUAAACUCCAACAUCUUAUUAGGAGUAUUUCGUUUCUCUUUAUCUUGAUUUCAUGUUGGACGACACAGCUUAGAUUUAUGGCUGAAGGUCGAGCAAUUUUCAGACCGGCACAAUAUCAUUCUUGGGAAGGGAACGAGCUACUGAACGGGCAGAUCGGUUCGAGGCCACCGAGGUGCGAGAGGAGAUGCAGUUCAUGUGGGCACUGUGAAGCGAUUCAGGUGCCCACAAACCCUCAAAUAAAAGCAGGGAGCAAUUCAAACUCUCCUUCAAUGUCCAGAAUUGACUAUGCUAGAGUGGAUGACAGCUCCAACUAUAAGCCCAUGACUUGGAAGUGUAAAUGUGGAGAUUCCAUCUUUAACCCAUGAUCAUAUAGGUCUCCGGUUUGAUUUUCCUUUGUCAACAAUUUUUGGGGGCACAUAACCUCUACGCGUAAGCGUGCGAAAUUGUUAUGAGAGGGGCUUUAUGAAUUAGUCUGAGGUGCGCAAGCUGGUCCGGGAUACCGCGUAUUAAAAAAAAAUUUAUUUUGUCAAUGUCAUAUGUGUUCAGAGUAGUAUUUUGUACACGGCACUUGUUUAACUUUGGUUUUGGUUCCAAUUUUAGGAAGAAACAAUGGGAUUUGACCAACAUCAAGGUUGGUAUAGGAUUGUCAGCAGCAUAAGCUUGGGAAAUUUUCAUCUUAGUGCGUACCGUAUCUUUUUUGAAGUCUUGUGUAGCAAAUUGACAAUCAAAAUGGAGGCUAAAUUUUACUUUUAUCC